AUGGACUAUCUCCGCUACCAUUUCGCCGGCUCCCCAUACCACGUCGUCGCCGUUAGCGAGUCCUGGCUUCACACUGAAGUCUCUGACUCUUCAGUUGCUUUACCCGGUGUCUCCAUCCUUCGAAAUGAUCGCGCUGGUAGAGUGGGCGGUGGGGUUGCUCUGUACCUCCGUGACCCACUGCGUGGACGUAUCCUCGCGGCAUCUCCGCCUCCUUACUCUGCUCUCCCUGAGUACCUCGUGGCCAAAGUCAAGGCUCCUGGCCUGUCCCCACUUCUGGUCUCGUCACACGCGCUUCACCUGGUGCCCUUCAUGGCCACUCAUCACACAUCCACCGCUGACUCUCUUCUGGAUCUCUGUCUCGUUAGUGACCCUGACGCUGUCGCUGACUUUGGACAAUCGGAGACCCCCUUCAUUGCUGGGCACGACCUAAUUUACGUGACCCUUGCAAUGCCCGCUCCCUCGAACCAGCGGCUUAUCACCUCGCGCUCCUAUCGUAACUUCUCAACUGAGGAGUUCGCCCGCUCCCUUGACUCUAUGAAUUGGGACUGCUUCUUUCCACCUGCCUCCGCUGAUGAGCUGCUACAGCGUCUCCAGGGCAAUCUCACCACCGCCUUGGACCUACUGGCACCCACCCGCACAUUUCUCUCCAAGCGUCGCGCCCCGCCCUGGAUCACUCCUGACCUGCGGGCCCUUGAGCGAGAGAUGGAUGCUCUCUACCGACGGCGCAUCUCUGCGGCCCGCACCGCUUUCUAUGCCGACCGGUUGUCUAAUGCCUCCGGCUCCCGGGCCCUCUGGAAUGAGCUUCGAUCCCUCGGGCUGGCCUCCUCCCAGAUUAGUGACUGUGCCGGGUUCUCUCUAGAAGAACUAAAUAUCCAUUUCGCGGCGGUCUCCUGCCGUCCUGGAGCAUCUCGGGAGGUCGAGGAGUUCUUUCACGGCCUACCCCCGCCUAGUUAUGAUGACACUUUAUUCUACUUUGCCGACGUGUCUCCGGCUGCCCUUCACAGUGCGAUCUUUCACUUCUCGUCUCAAUCCCGGGGGGUUGAUGACCUCUCACUCCGCAACAUUAAGGACGCCCUUCCGGCCAUUUUUCCAUUCCUGCUGCUUCUCGUCAACCAGUCGCUCAACUCCGGUGUUUUCCCGGCGUCUUGGAAGAAGGCCCGUAUCAUCCCGUUGGCUAAGGUCAAGUCUCCCACCUCUCUCCAGCAGAUGCGUCCCAUCGCGAAUUUAUGCCUCUUGUCUAAGGUGCUUGAGCGCGUCGUGCUCCUUCAGAUGCUGACUUAUCUGGAGAGCCGCUCUCUGCUCGUCUUUCGACAGUGCGACUUCCGCCCGGGCCUUAGCACGCAAACUGUCCUUCUCAAGCUUGCGGACGAUGUGCGUCGCGGCGUCAACGACCGCCUGGUCACAAUCGUCGUAUUGUUCGAUUUCAGCAAGACGUUCGACUCCAUCCCUCACGCCUUGCUUCUCGCCAAGCUCCGGGCGCUCGGCUUGUCACAGCACGCCUUGACCUGGACAUUCAGUUACCUCCGAGGCCACUCGCAGGCAGUGGUUGGCCCCUCUGGGGAACUUUCCUCCUGGGCAUCACUUGAUCAAGGAGUCCCCCAGGGCUCCGUUCUGGGUCCCCUGCACUUCGUUGCUUUCAUCAACGACAUCGCACGCGCUCUUCGUCACACCGAACACCUGUUAUAUGCCGACGACCUACAAGUUUACCUGCAGUGCCCUGCAGCUGAGGUUCCGGAGGCCAUAGCACGCUUAAAUCUCGACGUUGCAGCGGUCCAGGAGUGGUCUCGUGCUAACUCCCUCUUUCUCAACGCCUCCAAGACCCAGGCCAUCAUUCUCGGUAGCUCCUCGUUUGUCACUAGACUGAACGCUACGCCUCUUCCGCCGGUGGUAGUUAAUGGAGUUCCUGUCCCCUUUUCCCGCACUGUGCGGAACUUGGGGUUCAUUUUCGACGGCUCGCUCUCCUGGACUCCCCACGUAGAUGCUGUGUCUGGGCGAGUGCACUUCGCUCUCCGCCAGCCUUCUGCCUCCCGUAAACUGUUCACUUUCUCCUUGCGCAACUACCUCGUAACGGCCCUGGUCUUCCCGCUCCUGGAUUACUGCUCAGUAGUCUUUAAUGAUAUUUCUGGCGUACUCAACACCCGCCUGCAACGUCUACUCAACAGUUGUAUCCGCUUUGUUUGCGGGGCUGCUAGAGAUGAGCACAUCACUCCUCACCGUCGCGCUCUGGGUUGGCUCUCUGUGCGUGAUCGGAGACUAUACUUUGUGGUAGCCUGCUCUUCGGCGUCCUACACACCGACGCGCCAGACUAUUUGCAUGUCCUCUUUGUCGUUUACCCUGCCAGCGCACCUGAAUCCAGCAGGCUCGUGA